AUGCUCGUCAUCUUCUAUAUUGCAAUUGGGGUAUUCCUUCUUCCUUCUACUUUUUCUCAAGAUGUUGAAGAGUCUACGCCGAAACCGCUUUGUAAAGGCGGCACAUAUGAUGAGGAAUACAUUCGUGUCUACGUUGUCCAAACCAUCAACAAUCACCGCCAAGUAUUGUUAAGAGGAUUUGAACCAAAUGGACAGUGGAAUGGAACAGGAUAUGGAAAGGAUCUCCCACUACCAAAGACUAUGAAUAAAUUAGAGUACAACUGCAACCUUGAAAAGAAGGCUUUUGCUCUUUUGGAUCAGUCGUGUUCAACGAACGCUCCUACCGGUCCAGAUGGAACAACGGCCUUAUUCUUCCACAUUGAUGUGGACUUUGACCCUGAGCUGUUCUCAGCUGUUUGGGAUUGGGCUAAACAGAUUAAUAAGUUUGCGGUCAGCGAUGUUGCUAUUACCAACAAACAAGUUGUAUACAAGGACCAGGAUCGGAAUUUGUAUGAGUAUUUGAACCUAAUGAGAGCCGUCACCACUAAAAUUGGAUGCGCAGAUAUAACUUGCAGAGAUGGAGACUUGAGAAAAUAUAGGGCAGUUUGCCUGCUCAAUAGGAAUCCCCUCAAGAAUGGUGCUGUCGUCUACAAAAUUGGAUUAGGCGGUUGCAAUAAGGGCGAGACGUGCCCAAAUGGGGUCUGCGAUCAGUCUGGAUUUUGUGAUUUGAGCAAACAGGCUCGUUGA